AUGGCAAUUUGUGUAUCUCUCCAGCUAGGUCUUAUACGGAGUACUCGUUCCUCCUUUUCUGACAGUGUUCGUGAACAACUAGAUGUCGAAAACCACGUUCAGCCCACACAAUUGCGAGAACUGAAAAUGAAUCACACGACAACUUCUACUUCGCAAAUUAAUCACAAAUCAUUUCUUAUAACCAGGAGAUCUUGUAUGCAACAUUACGAUCUUCUUAUGAUUAUCUCAUCCGCUCCAGGUAACUUCGAAAGAAGGAAUAACAUUCGUAAGACAUGGGCAUUUGAAAGAUCCGCAAAACCAAGAUGGACGUCCGUUUUUCUUGUCGCUCAAACACGGAAUGAAACAGUUUCGAACGUGUUGCUUGACGAAGAUGAAGCACUUAAGGACCUUGUGCGAGCCAGCUAUUAUGACCACUACUGGAAUCAAACCCGAAAGAUACAAAUGGGCUUCGAGUGGGCAGUAACGUAUUGCAAUUUCUCGUUUCUUUUGAAAUUGGAUGACGACGUUUUCGUGCACGUUCCAAGAGUUCUCUCCUUCUUAAGCGCACCCACCACGCCGAAGAAGAUGCUUUAUGCUGGCUGUCAUUAUGCAAACAUGGGCCCUCAUAGGAAAGGCAAAUGGAUGGUAACUUACGAGGAAUAUAACGAGACAAGAUAUCCAGACUUUUGCCCCGGUUUUGGAUACAUUUUAUCUCACGAUGUUGUGCGCGCAUUUGUUGACACUUUCUCUUCUUUGCCGUUCUUCAGACUGGACGAUGUUUACGUUGGCAUGCUGGCGAAUAAGAACGGAAUAAGUAUCACAAACAAUAAGGGUUUUGAAGUAUGGCAUCCACCCCAGUAUGUAUGUGUUCCAACAAAGAAUACUUUAGUCAGGCAUAAUGUAGGGGAAGAGUGCCAAAUGAAAAUGUUUAACUUAACCAUUUUCCUUCAGUAGUUCAGUGGCGUGGUUAGUACAUACGUAUAUUUAGAUAAAUUCUUCAAUGAAUGAUGUUUCCCUAUUUAAUAUCCAUUGUUCGUUUGAGUGCAGCCAUUUAAAGUUUUCUUUGUCUUGAAAGUGCGUUGCUCGAAGAGUCAGAAUCAGGGCAUUGGAUGCUACAACAUUCAUCGACAAUUAGGCUGAGUGUCAGAGCAAGUUGUAUAUCUUUCAAAAUAAGCCGUAGAUAUCAAGAAACGACUAUCGCAGUUUAUUAUUUUCUGGAGAAUGUUAUUGAAUUUUAUCGCUUUCUCAUCUUGUAAAAAUUGAUUGCAACUUUAAAAACAUUUAUAUUUAUUUGAAAAUUCGCAAAAAGAAGCUGUGAAGAAGCUUGUUGGAUGAAUUUGUAAAGUUUGUACCACAUUGUAUUGAUAUGCUUUAAAAGUGUCUGGGAAUGAGUUGCUCUUAGAGGCUAAAGCUAUCAAAAUGUGAUGUAAGAUCUAGCUCUUACCGACUUGAGAGCAAUCAAGACUUUAUAUUCUCUCAUUCAGACACAUGCAGGGUGAAGAAGCAAGAGACACGGAACAAUUUAUUUCAGAAACAAUUUAGUUCAGAAAUCAACUCUCCUAGCGGGUUUUUUAAGCAAUCUUAAAACAUUGACUCAUACAUGUAACCAAAGAUUACUCAACAGCACUAAUCCGUUUCACUUUAGAAUAGAAACUGUCACACGGCUACAGGGAUCAAAUAAUUUCUAGGCUUUCAAUUUUACUUUUACCUAUUAAAAUAGAGUCCUCAUCAUUAUGCUUAAUAAUCGGCUGACUAAAAACCUGCUUUUGAUGUAAAAAGAUGUUGGUUAUAGUAUUUAUGUUGUUACAUAUUGUCAGUUUAGAAUUCAUAAACUCAUAUAAAUUCAAUUCAAUUCAAUUCAAUUCAAUUCAGUUGAUACUGUUAAAGCAGCACAAGCGGAAAUUAAACGUAAGGAAAACAAGCAGUGAGAAAAUAUGGAACACACUGAAAUCUAAUUCUGUCUGACAGUCGAUCCGUAAAAUCAUCCGUUAGUAAAUUCACAGCACACAAAAUCCACCAGAUCUGCUAUCGUCAAAGAAGAGCGUCUUUCUCUUGCUAUUCUUGAAGUACGGAGUGACCAAGUUGGUCUAAACAGCGACAACAAAGGUUAUGCCGGCACAAAACACUCAGUGCUUUCGCCACAGAACCGAUUUUAAGAGCGUAAACAGCAGAGAAAAAGACAUUCCAGCAGCCGGAGGUGGUUCUAAGUCAUCGAGAUCUAUUCCGUCUAAAUACCCCAAACGGGUCAAGUAUGACCUCGAGCGUUGGCUAAAAAAGUCCGGACUACCGCAACACACCAUAAACAUCACAUAAGAGUGUGACAGGCAUCGAGCCUUUCCGUUUUGAAAAUUCUAAACCAAAAUAACGUAGAGGAAAAAUGAAUGAGAAGGGAGAUGCUCAUCAAUUGAAAAUUAAACUCACUAAUCGAAAUUCCACCCUUAAGAGAUUAAGGAAACAUAUUAAAAGAAUGAAUGCGUACAGUGACCCUUAAACAACAGGAAGAAAAGAACUUGGACCAGUUGAGGAAUGAGUUCAAUGGCGCGCGUAAAGAUUGUCACGUUUUGUUGGAAUUAGACGAGGAAAAGAAUACUUUGUAUCAACGGUUCGAUGUCCAGGACUGUCGAUUCUUCGAAUGUAGAAUUAGAGUGCAAAAACGUGUUUUGGGCACUGGAUAAAAAUCCAGUCUUACACCGUCUAAGAAAAUAAGCCACGGAGGAAGGUCCAAUUCAACUGACAGGACAACAUUGAGUUCUUUCUCUACGAAACAUUUUUCUCAAAAGUUAAAAGGAUUUAAGAGAUCUUUCUGCCAUUUUGUUUUGUUGUGCUUUAGCCGACUUUAAUCAAUUCAAUCUCAAAUUUUUUUCUCUGUUUGGGAUUAAUUCACGUAUUCUCGGCCAAUGAGCAUGCUGAUAUUUUUGGAUGGAAAAAUACAUUAUUUUAAAAUAUUACUAAUUAAGGUGUCGCUUUAAGCGACGCCAGCAGCCAAGUUUACACUCCGCCAACUUUAUUUGCAUACCCAAUUUUAUCAGGUUAUCUGGAAUACAAUGAUCCGAAUUCAAGGAAAAAGAGUUUUGACCGUUUUAGCUUUUGUGAUGGCAAUUUGUGUAUCUUUCCAGCUAGGUCUUAUAUGGAGUACUCGUUCCUCAUUUUCUGACAGUGUUCGUGAACAACUAGAUUUCGAAAACCACGUUCAGCCCACACAAUUACGAGAACUGAAAAUGAAUCACACGACAACUUCUACUUCGAAAAUUAAUCACAAAUCAUUUCUUAUAACCAGGAGAUCUUGUAUGCAACAUUACGAUCUUCUUAUGAUUAUCUCAUCCGCUCCAGGUAACUUCGAAAGAAGGAAUAACAUUCGUAAGACAUGGGCAUUCGAAAGAUCCGCAAAACCAAGAUGGACGUCAGUUUUUCUGGUCGCCCAGACACGGAAUGAAACAGUUUCGAACGUGUUGCUUGACGAAGAUGAAGCACUUAAGGACCUUGUGCGAGCUAGCUAUUAUGACCACUACUGGAAUCAAACCCGAAAGAUACAAAUGGGCUUCGAAUGGGCAGUAACGUAUUGCAAUUUCUCGUUUCUUUUGAAAUUGGAUGACGACGUUUUCGUGCACGUUCCAAGAGUUCUCUCCUUCUUAAGCGCACACACCACGCCGAAAAAGAUGUUUUACGCUGGCAAUCACUACACAAAUCCUGUUCCUUUAAGGGAGGGUAAAUGGAAGGUAACUUACGAGGAAUAUAGCGGGACGAGAUAUCCAGACUUUUGCCCCGGUUUUGGGUACAUUUUAUCACACGAUGUUGUACGUGCAUUUGUUGACACUUUCUCUUCUUUGCCGUUCUUCAGACUGGACGAUGUUUACGUUGGCAUGCUAGCAAGUAAGAACGGAAUAAAUAUUACAAACAAUGCGGGUUUUGAACUAUGGCAUCCGCCCCAAUAUGUAUGUGUUCCAACAAAGAAUACUUUAGUCAGGCAUGAUGUAGGGGAAGAGUGCCAAAUGAAAAUGUUUAACUUAAUCAUUUUCCCUCAGUAG